AGCCCGCUCGCUGGCGCCUCGCUCGCGCCAGCUCCCAAUCCAGACGCACGCAAGGCGCUGUCCUUUCAGCACUACAAGCUCCGGCUGAGGAGGGAGGACUCCUGGCCGUCCUCCUCUUCAAAUUGGCUUGAAUCUGCUCUGACCCCCAGGAGCGCAGCACAGUCUGGGAAGAAAGGCGUAAGGAUGGUGAAGCUGAACAGUAACCCCAGUGAGAAGGGAACCAAGCCGCCUUCGGUUGAGGAUGGCUUCCAGACCGUCCCUCUCAUCACUCCUUUGGAGGUUAAUCACUUACAGCUACCUGCUCCGGAAAAGGUGAUUGUGAAGACAAGAACGGAAUAUCAGCCCGAACAGAAGAACAAAGGGAAGUUCCGGGUGCCGAAAAUCGCCGAAUUUACGGUCACCAUCCUCGUCAGCCUGGCCCUAGCUUUCCUCGCCUGCAUCGUGUUCCUGGUGGUUUACAAAGCCUUCACCUAUGACCACAGCUGCCCAGAGGGAUUUGUCUAUAAGCACAAGCGCUGUAUCCCGGCCUCCCUGGACGCUUACUACUCAUCCCAGGACCCCAGCUCCAGAAGCCGCUUCUACACGGUCAUCAGCCACUACAGCGUGGCCAAGCAGAGCACCGCCCGGGCCAUCGGGCCGUGGCUGUCGGCCGCCGCCGUCAUCCACGAGCCCAAGCCGCCCAAGACCCAGGGCCAUUAGAGGCCCACCCCCAGCCAGAAUGGGGGGUGGAGAGGGGCACCCCCGUUGGCUAAGCCAAGCUCCAGUUACAAGACAACACUGUACUCCUGGGAUAUGGGGGCGGGGGCGGGGGCGGGGCCGGGGCCAGGGGUGGGUGGGGGCGAUCUCACCGAAAAUCUCGUGCACUGGAGUUGUUGGAAUCGAUAUUUCUUUUCGUCCUUUGGUAUUGUUGAUUCGUCCCCGAGUCAGGCUCAUGUACAAAGGCAUGUUUCGUGUUGACUGUUCCCAUGUAAGAUAUUUUCAAAGCCACUGCUUAUUAUUUGUUAGGAAAAUUUACACACAGAAAAGAGAAAGAAAAUGAACAAAGAAAGGAUUAGACUGGCUGCAUCUGGAAGACGUUGAAGGCUAGUAAAGAGCACAGACGCUCUGGGCUUCUUAGACAAGAAAUGGUAGCUUCAGUGUGGGCUUCGGAAGGUACAGAACUUGGGAGUGAGGCAGGCGGGGCUGCUUGCUUGGCCUCGGUCUGCAGGGGAGGAAUGCUGGCAGUUAGGAUCUGCCGCGUUGGAGAGAAGGAGCGAUUCUGGCAUUUGUAAACCCAGGAUGCACACAGCCCAGGGAGAAAAGCCUCCGCCAUGUGUGUUUUGCGAAGUUAGCAUGAACUUGUCUGUAUGGGCAUCGCAGCUGAGGCCUGGGCCGCAUGGCCUGGGGAUGUGUAGGGUAUAAGCAAACAUUAAGCAGCGGGCAGACUUUCUUCGUCUUUCUCUUGUGUUUCUAGCCCUACACCUGGGUACUGCCCAUGCUAGGAAACGGCAGGGGUAGAAAGAGAAGGAAGGAGAGCUGAAGGAGAAGGCACAGCGUGGACGUGUGACAUGUGGCCAAGCUAUAAGCCAAGCAUCCAAGUUUAAAAUUUGUGUCUGUUGUUUCCCAAAGUACUAAGAAUGGUAGGAAGAACAGGAGGGGUCAUAACCAGGAACCGCAGGUGACAGCCAAGGAGACUUCUGAUCGGGGCUGCAGCAAUGCCGGAUCAUUUCUAAAGGAAGCCGAGAACGGUGGCUGUCUUCUGCCGCUCCAUUGUGUUGACAGGGGACCCUGUCCAAACUCCCCAGUCUGGUUCUGGAAGCUCCUGACCAAGAGGCAGCAUCUGGCAUUGCCUGGGCCUCCCGUUGCCCUGGGCCCACAUCAGGCACUCCCAUGUGGCUCUCCCACAAACAUUUUGGGGAGGUCCUCUGUGUGUGUUGGCUCCAGGCCCAGCAGAGCUGGAACCGGCUGGGAGAGUUGGCUAUUUGAGAUGUGGUACUGUUUCCCCACGAAGCUCGAACAGGCCAUUUAAAGGGCAUUUUUUUUGUGGCUUGCUAUGAUGCUGAAAUCAUCGUACACAACAGCUGGGUAGUAAGACUAGCAUAGCUCACACUAUUCUGCUAAAAGCUAUCAUCUGACUUUUCCUCCCUCCCCGCCCUCCCCCCCCCAUCCUCCAGUCACCUCGAGUCACCUGUAAAUUCAUUGGUCAUCUGAAGCGGAAUAACAAAUUGUCCCUAGCAAAACUGCUGAACGCUUUAUAAUUUUGUGGUGUAUUUUUGUCAGUAGGUAGCAGAGGCUGAAGUAUUUUUUGGUGUAAUUCUUGAACUUUUCUGACAGGAAACAAAUAAAGAUAGAUGUGUCUGAGA